AUCGAAUGCCAUUGCGUCGCGUUCCUACAUAAAAAAAGUUAUACACAAACAACAUGGUGGAUCAGCUGUUUUCGUUUUUCUCAAAUCCCAAUUUGUUUUCGUAAAACGACGCAUUAUUAUGGUAUCAUAGCCAUGUGUGAAUUAAAAUGGGCUCAAUCGCAUCGGUGCUGCAAUGGCAUUGUCAGACGUGCGGCCAGAUCAACCCAACAGAGAGUGUAAAGUGUUUAAAAUGUGGUACAAAGCGGGUAUCAAGUCAUGACAGUGGUAUUUAUAAAGAAAAUUGUAGAGAUUCUUCCCCGGAGUAUACAUCGCGGACUGGUAAAAGCGAGGGAACAACGCCCGGAUCGGAACCUAUUGUCAUACCGACUGAAAAUUGCUAUAACAGCGGAUGGUCGUGUGUGGGUUCCGCCCCGGAGGCGUCGCGCGCGUGGCGCUGCGCGUGCGGCCUGCACAACGUGUCCGCGGCGUGGCGCUGCGCUGCCUGCGACGCCAUCGCGCCUCACGCGCCUGUCUACAGGCUGUCUGAUGAUGAGGAUCAAGCUUCAGGGAUGACGGACAAGGAAAAGUCUGUUCCAGACACUAUGAUAAGGUCGAACACCCUGGCUGUCCCAUCGUAUAAGCCUACAACGAGUUACUCAGACGGCCGCCGGUUGAACCUCGAUGUGCAGUCGCUCCGACUAUCGCCGACGCAGCUCACAGACCAGGCACAUGGAGUCACCAGAUCUCUCUCUCACGGGUCCGUGAUCAACUCCCAGCAUAAGUGGUGGAAGGUUGACGAGACCGGCCGGGGGACCAUCAACCGACCAAGCAGUUUGAUGGUCUCCGAAAGAUACGGUCAGAUCAACCCCAGAGAGUCGUUCCUCAGAAGCCUGCACACAGUCACGCGAAGACCCAAAAAGUGCAACGAAAGCAAGUCCAAUUGGGAGCUCAAUUAUAUCAAGGAAUAUCAGAGGGAACAGAGUAAAGGUUUGCAUUUGAAGACGUGGUCUUGCAGUAAGUGUACCCUUGAGAAUUCUGGGAUUAGGACGAACUGCGAAGCGUGUAUGUCGCCUAGAGUGUCGCCCCUCGCGAGGAUUCCGAACGCAAGGGGCUUGAGUGUGACCACGCUAGGCAGGCACGAAAGUGCCCUCGGCAGGGAUGGCGGCGCCGCCUCGCUCCCCACGUCAGGGGGCGUCAUGAUCACCGUCCCGGACUGGCCGACUGGGCGGACAACCCUAGGAUCCUCAUUUCGAAGGUCAAUUAGCGCGCAGAACUCGCCAGAAAUCCGCCCAACUUACAGACGAUCGUUCUCCGAGCAAACGAACGCCGAUCGACCGGUCGGCAAAGUUAUAUCGAGUAGGCGAAGUCUGAACGACUACCAGAAGUCGUUGGCGAGUUACUGCGGCAGUCUGCCGAAGACGGAAGUCAAGAGAGACUCGAGAAUAGACGAGAACAGCGUGGAGAUUGAUAAAGAGUGUAGUUGGGACACGAACGCUGAGGGUGUGAUAUACGCCCUGCCGAACAAGGGGAAAUACAAGGACUUGAAUUUGCAACUGCAGGUGAACAACAACGGGACACGGUACUCGUACGUGUCGGUCCAGGAUACAAAGACAGUGAUGAGUAACUCACAGAACGAAGCUUUAUACUCUAAUGACAUCAGUGAUGGGGAUUAUGCGAGGAUAGAUGAGUUGUUGGGGGCUGAGAACUGUAUUUCGCCUGUGAACGAAGUGCCGUCCGUUUCAAAUAUACGGACGUCGCACAUAGGCGUGCGGGAACCGAAGGUGUUCAACAUGCUGCCAUCUGUCGGCAAAGUUUCGCACAAUCCUCGGGAGCAGGCUAAAGUGCCUACGUCACAGCAGCUAGCUUCUCGCGAGUCCCGCAUGUGGCAAUGCAACGAGUGUUGGUUCGCGUACAACGCGUGGUGGGCGCGCUGCUGUGACGUGUGUCGCAGCGGGAGGCCCCCACACGCGGCCGUCACUCUGGCCACCAGGGAUGUGCUUGAUGGACCGCAUAAUAGUACAAGGACGAGCAACCCAUCAGAGGCCUGCAGCAGUAAGGUGGAGUCAAACCGGGAGCCCAAGAAGCUGACAGUCCCUAUAGCCUCGCUGGACCACGACUUGAAUAGCGAUGAAUUGUUAUUUGCUGUUGCCCCGCCGGCGGCGGCCAGCAGCGGGCUCGCCACGUGGUCGUGUGUCCGCUGCACUCUGGUCAACGACGCGGCAGCCGCCGCCUGCGCCGCCUGCGCCGGGUCACGGCCGCAACCUAACUUCUGGUCGUGUAGUUCAUGCACCCUGCAGAACCCGGCGUCGGCGAGCCUGUGCCUGGCGUGCAAGACGCCGCCGGUACCGAAGCAUGGACUCACAGUGCCAGUCAGUGAUUCAAACCACGGUGCCACGGGCCGCAGCCCGUCGCCGCGGCGCGCGCGCGGGACGCCGGCGCCGCCGCGCCGCAGCGCGCGCCUGCACACGCCGCCGCCAGAGCCCAAGUACGUCAACCUGCGUCCGGAGACGAUGGAAUGGCCGUGUUCGGAAUGCACGUACGUGAACAGCGGUUCUGCGGCCUCCUGCGAGAUGUGCCAGUCGCCCAAGACUCGGCUGCUGCCCGCCGCGCCAGACCAACCCUCGUUGGAUGACGAGGACUCGCCUGAAGGCUCAGACGGUGAGCGCCAGGACAGCACUCCGAUGGAGAUCCUCCGCCUCAGUGAGGAGAGCCACGCCUGGACGCAGUGGCAGGAGGUACUGGCGCAGUGUGCCGCGACUGGCGAGUCGUACUCGGACUCAGUGUUCCCGGCCAGCCCUCGCUCGCUGUACUACAGCGGGUCCGGCGAGGGCGCGGCGGCGAGGUGGCUGCGGCCGCACCAGAUACACGUCGAGGCCGACCACCGCCUGCCCUGGGUCGUGUUCCGGGACCCGCGACCCUCGGAUAUCUCGCAAGGGGUCCUGGGCAACUGCUGGUUGCUAUCAGCCCUAGCAGUCCUAGCCGAGCGUUCAGCGUUAGUACGUGGUGUGGUGGUUCGUGGUGAACCCUCAGUGGGAGCCUACCAGCUGCGGCUGUGCAAGGACGGGAGGUGGCUCACAGUCACCGUAGACGACCUGCUACCGGCUAAUAAGAAGGGGCAUCUGGUGUAUUCACAGGCUAAAAGAAAGCAGUUAUGGGUGCCUCUCAUAGAGAAGGCGGUCGCGAAACUGCACGGAUGUUACGAGGCGUUAGUGUCUGGGCGAGCUAUCGAAGGUCUGUGCACGCUGACGGGCGCGCCGUGCGAGUCGGUGUCGCUGCAGGCGGGGGGCGCGGGGGGCGCGGGCGGGGGCGCGCCGCUGGAGCCGUUGGACCGCGACCUCGUGUGGGCGCAGCUGCUGUCCUCGCGCCAGGCCUGCUUCCUCAUGGGCGCCAGCUGCGGCGGCGGGAACAUGAAGGUGGACGAGGAGGAGUACCAGCGGCUGGGGCUGCGGCCGCGCCACGCGUACUCCGUGCUGGACGUGGUGGAGCUGGGCGACGGCGCGGGCGCGGGCCCGGCGCGCCUGCUGCGCCUGCGCAACCCCUGGGGCCACUACACGUGGCGCGGCGCCUGGGCGGCGGGCGCGCUGCCGCCGCACAGCGACCCGCACGCCGACCGCGACCACGGCGUCUUCUGGAUCAGCUUCGACGAUGUGCUCAAGUACUUCGACUGUAUAGACAUCUGCAAGGUCCGUAUGGGCUGGCAUGAGGUCCGCCUCGCUGGGAUACUGCCGCCCAUGUCCUCGACACGCCACCUCACCUGCCUGCUGCUCACCGCCAACCAGCCAACUGAGGUCGACUUCACGCUGUUCCAGGAGGGACAGAGGAACUCAGCGAAGAGUCAGCGCUCACAGUUGGACCUGUGCGUGGUCGUGUUCAGAACUAAGUCGGGGCCGAGCGCGCAAGUCGGGAAACUUGUAGCGCAUAGCAAGAGACAGGUCCGCGGCUUCGUGGGCUGUCACAAAAUGCUAGAGAAAGGUUUCUACCUAGUCGUGUGCCUGGCUUUCAACCACUGGCAUACCGGUCUAGAACUAGCAGACAGUUCGGCCUGGCCUCGCCAUGUGCUAGCCGCCCACUCGUCCAAGCCUCUCUCGGUGGAGAGGCCGUCUUUACACCCCCAUAUACUCGCCGAUGCGAUAAUAGGCCUGACUCUAGCAAGAGGACAGAGGCAUGAAGGCCGGCAGGGGAUGACGGCCUAUUAUUUGACUAAGGGUUGGGCCGGUCUCGUCGUGAUGGUAGAAAACCGUCACACAGACAAAUGGAUUCACGUGAAGUGUGACUGUCAGGAAAGCUAUAACGUUGUCUCCACUAGGGGUGAACUCAAAACGAUCGAUUCUGUUCCACCUUUGCACAGACAAGUAAUCAUCGUCCUCACUCAGCUAGAAGGUAGCGGCGGGUUUUCAAUAGCGCACCGAUUAACGCAUCGUCUAGCAGCAGGAGCUCGCCUGCAGGACUGGGCGCCACACGCUGACGACGAGCCUCGCCAUCGACCGCCAUUAGCGCGGCGACUUCACGGCUUACACGCGCCGAGAUUGAUCACCUAGUAAGCGUAGAACUGCGGUCGUGUCGGCAGCCGGCCAGGCCGCAAUUAACGCGCUGACUAAAAUUGACUAAAAAUAGCUUUGCGCCUGCAAUCUGAACACAAGAUAUUAAAAUUAUCAGCAUUUGACAAAAUGAAAGAUUAGUUGCUACAUAGAAGCUUCUACUCAAAAUCGGAUUUAGACUUUUUGUAUUUCGAAACGGGAAAAUUUAGCCACGUGUCUAACAUGUCUAAAAGCACAAGGAAAAUUUGUACAGAUGACAGUUAAUUGGUAUAUUAUUAGAAAUUGGAUAUUUGUUAUUACCAUUAAAGAUAAUCGUGCAAUUAAAUGUGCAAUGUAUAUGUUGUAAUAAUAAUAAUUGGACACAUCAAUUAAAUAUGAAAUGUAAAGACAAGGCCUGUUCUCAUGUGAGAUUGAAUGUAAGCACAAUAUUGACUCUUAUUCUGUUAGAAAUAAAAUACAAAGUAAGUUAACGUUGUAAUAACUGAGCGAGCUGGCUGUGGUGCCAAAUGUAACUUAACUACUUGUGCGAGGUCAAACUAUCAGAAUUUUCGCAAGUUCGGGCAAAAUUAGGUAAUUUUCCCACUGCUGGGUAUAGGUAGUCUAGUCCAGAAGAGGGAAAAAUAAUAAUUAUAAUCAUUGAUUACCAUAUCUUAAUUAAAUUUGACACAAUAAAAUGUUCAAUCAGUGAUUUUAUAAAAAUAUGCCAUUGUUUUCUUAGAUGUAGACCUGAAGCGGUUUUUUUUCAAAAUGCUCAAUUCCAAAUCAUAUUGGUGAAUUAACGCACUGUCAUAAAAUUCAAUAACUAAAUUAAAACUGAACUCAAAAGGAUUCUUAAUCCUAUGGUCAUAAAGUUACAUUUGGCGUACCACUAGUCAAACCGCGGGUAGCUAGGUACUAGGCCUAUAUCGCUAACGACACAAAUAGCUAUUAAUAUUUUUUCUACUACACUAAAUAUACUCAUAGGAAUACACGUCCGGCCGAAUAAAUGUAACACAUUUUGAUUAAAACUUUUUAUUCAGCUGGUGUUAAGAUUUUGCCGCGGAAACGCGCACCGAGUGUUAUUUUUGAAAGAAUAAAUAAUAAGACACUGAUAAUUAAUAAUAAUUUAACAAAAAGAAAUGUAGAUUUCGCAAAAACGUGUGCUAAAAAAGUUUUCAACACAAAAAAAAUAUCAAAGACAAUGGUAGGUAUUACGACUCGUGAGUAUUGCAAUCGUUUUGCGAAAUUCGCAUGUAUAGCGAUAAGUAUAUAUCACGUAGAUGUAAAUUUUAAGAUUAAAGUGUAAAAAUCUCUUGUGCAAUGGUUUUUUAAUCGGCUCUACUGUGAACAAUUAACACAGUACUGUUAUCAUUGUGGGAGCAGGAUGGCGUUAUACGCUGUGUAUAUGUUUGUCUCGCUUGGACACUGGCAACAGACUUGAAGAUGUCAUAGUAAGCGCUCAGUUAUAACGGGGUAGUUGUAAUAGUUGUUGCAGAAUUUUGAAGAAACGUUUCUCAUUUUCAGAAUCUCAUCAACAAGUAAUUAUAAUUAUUACGACUGAUAUUAGAUUUUUACUCGUUCAUUUUCUAUUAAUAUUUUUGAUUGUUACUACAUGUGUUUUUUGUGUGUGUUUUAAACAAAGCCCAGUUUUUUAAUUUAAACACCGCUUUAAAUUCAAUAAAAUCAACUUAAAAACGUAGCAACAAAUUUCUUUCUCGUUAUAAGGUUCAUAAGAUACAGUAACAGACGGACAGACGGAUGGACAGGCCUGUGAAAUAGGGUUUUCCGUUUUACCCUUCGGUAACAGGUUACGGAACCCUAAAAAUAUUCCUACCCAUUAAAAACUGAUCAUAAUUUAAAUGGUAACUCCAUUUUUUUAAGACUUCAAGUUAGACUGUAAACGUCUAUCAAUGUACAAAAGCGGUGUUUCCAAUAAGGCCGGGCUUUAUUUAAACCCGUCUUGUAGAUUUAUUUUAUAAAUGACGAAGAUAUUACUUUGAUGCGGAAUUAUUAAUGAAUGCUCUAAAAUUUGGUAUUAUUUGUAAAGGCUGAGUUCUCUUUAACUCGAAUUAUUUAAACAGUGAUCAAAUGUUGGCCUAAAUGUUUGUGUGUAUCACAAACGUUUGCUCCAAAAGUUUGUGAAAAUAGUAUUAAUUUUAUGUACGGGACUUUUUAAAGUGAAAAAUAAUUAAAAAGUGAUUAAUUGUUGUAUUAUAAAUCGGGAAUCUCAGUCUUUAGCUUGUAAUUAAUUAGAAAUAUUCAAUUAGAUUUAGAGUUUUUAAAAUUGUAUUUUGUUGGAAUAUGCAUUCCUAAUGUUGUUUUAGCGAAAUUACAUUUUUUAUAAGCAUAAAAUCGCAAGGAAAUUAUUUAAAUUCAUGAUUGAAAAACAUCAUAAUUUCCAAAUGUGUAGUCUCAAAUGAAGAGAUAAAAUCACAAAGUUUUGCGUUCACGCAAUUAAUCAAUUGAAAUCGGAAUUUACUGAACUUAUGGCCUUAUUUAAACCAAUCGCACCUAGUACAGCUGUCGGUUGUCUUUGUGCAUGUGAUUUUAAUUUUUGUGAAACCCUCGCAACAUAUACUUCAUUUACAUACGUAUUCACUUAUUCGUUCAUGCCUAGCCAACCCGCUAUGUGAAGUCACUGACAAAAAAUAGAUAUCAUGAAAGAUAGAAACACAGUCCUCAUGGCCACCGGUCACCUUGGAGUACAAAGUGUCAGACUAUUACUGACUAAAUCUGAACCGCUUUGCAACGUCACCUACGUUUUGAUCUCGGUAAAUGUGUUGAAAUUCUUUAUUCACUAACAUUUGGUAGCCGUACCUUUGGUUUCAAUAAGGCCCUGCAAGAAAUUCCAAGAAAAUCGGAACAAAGAUCGCUAAGCGUUUCGUUACACAAUCGCUAUUUUAGUAAUUGGUAGCUCUAAAAUAACUUGUAAAUAUUUAAAUUGCUUUUAAUUAAUUUAGAUGUAACGAGAAUGUCGAUGUUUUUAGCACGAAGUGUUCAAAAAGACAUUCUCAUGAAAAGUACUUUCAUUCCAGAAAUACUCAUUAUUUAUUUAAUUAAUUAUUAAUUUAAUUGUUGUUUUGACAUGAUUCUAGUGAUGCAAUAUCUUGCCAUUAUUUUGCUUUAGAACGGUUAUGUUAGUAAUUUAAGUUAAGUAUUUUGAUUUUAAGUCUGGCCUAUUGUUAAGAUUCGUGCAAUAUUUUCUCACGUUUAUAUAUUAUAAUUUAUAUAUUAGUGAGAUGUUCACACUGGCUAGCACAAAUAUACGCGGUGAGUGUGUGUAUAGAUAAAUAUAUACAAUUUUGAACAUGGUUCUAUCUAUCCAAGUCUGUAAUUACUACGUUUCUGCUGUUCCGGGAAAAUUAAUAAAUGUAGAUUUUUGUCCCCUAUUUGGUAGUGUUUUUUUCUUGAAAACAGAUUUACUAGCCGAAGUUGUGACAUAUUUUUGAUAAGUACACUAUAAAAGAAAAACAGUUAUUUGCUAUUAAAAGCUUGUCAAAUUUGGUUCAGCCUUUUUUAAGUCUAGAUUUAUCUGGAACAAACAAUAAAUCAUGAUCAUCGUGCUCAUUUCUACAUCAUCAAAAACCUGCAUAUUUGAAACAAAUAUCUUUUUUUUACGUUUCGAUGGCUCUUUUUACAUUGUUUGUCUAUCCACACACUCCCUGACAAACAUUUAUUAUUAAUAACAUAAUUAAGUUAUCAAUCGCAUAGUGUAUUAUAUUAUGGUACAAUACCAUUCGCUCUAUAGUUCACAAUUGUAUAUUUUUACACUUCAUAAUCAUAUAUACAUAUUAUAUACACUUAAAAUAUGUAAACUCGUAUCAUCUUCCAUAGUUUUCUUACUACCGUACUUAAAUGGCACUUAAAUUUGAGAUGUUCUUUAGUUCUUUUAUUCUGUGGGAACAGUUAAGUGUCAGAUAACAAAGGUUCUGUUUAAAAUUAGAUUUUUAUUUAUAGAAGGCCUGAAAAACGCGUUUUAGAAAUGUGGACACAUAAUUUUAUUCAUGAAGUCCUUCUAUAGGUUCUCAAAAAUACACCUUUCGCUAUGCGGCCUCUUUAAGUGACAAGAAGGCUCAUUAAGGGCUUCUCAAAUUUGAGUCGAGUUUAAGUAAUCGGUUAUUUAUCUAACAGAUUUUGUAACUUUCAAUUAUAGUAUUUCUUUUUAUAAUAAGAUAGUGCCAUAUUUAUUGUAAUUUUAUAUCGGCAGCCAUUUUCCUUUACUAGUAUUUUGAUACGCUAUUAGUGCAAUGCAUAUAUGUUGUUCGUUUAAGACCAUUCGUACAAACAUUCAUGAUGACUUAUUAGUUCGCGCAAAAUGUCCCUAAUCGCUUGGGAUAGCACGAAUGUUACUGAAACUUGGGUUAGCAGGUACAAAAUGUACGAAUAAAUUAUUAACAAAAUGUUUGUAAUUACACCAAAAACGAUAUAACACCCGGUUUCUGAAAGACCGAACAUUGCAGCAAAAUUAAGAAAAUAGUCGACAGAUGUCAAAUCUGACGUCUGUCAAAUUGAAAUAAAGCAAUGAUGUAUUGUUUUAAGAUUUGAUUAAACAGUCUUUCAGAAAUUGGUUAUUCUCGUAAAAUAAAAUUUGUAUAAUAAUAUUGUUUUUGCGAGUCCCUAUUCCUUUUUAAAAUUUUGUGAAUCUAAGACGUGUUGGAUGCACUGAGAAAAAAACUUUUGAUGACUUUUAUUUAAAAUAGUUUUAUGUUUUUGUAGCAUAAAUGACGCUUAUUUUACACGUUAGAUGUACGUGGAUGCAUGUUAAACUAUUUAUGAUAAGGUUAAGUAAAUAAAAUUAUUUAAAUUUGA